AUGGGUAGCCAACAUGCUAAACCCAAAAAAGGCGCCUCAGAGAACGUCGAUCGAAAUAUAAACUCUCGAAUUAAUAAAGGUAAAAAGUCUAAAUGCGGUGAUGAUGGGACGUCGGUUUCCUCUUUGGAUAUAACAUCUACUUCUGAGGGUGAUUUGAUGGCUUUAUUUGAUUACGACCCUCCUCUAAAUGCACAUGGAUCUGCUAUUGUCGUUAAGAAGGGCGACUCACUAUGGCUAUAUGGUCGGAGUCCCACAGGCGAGUGGUUGGAUGUUCUUUGCCGACGCACGGGCGAACGCGGUUGGGUGCCAGCAUCGUGCCUCUUUGAUUCAACCUCGUCGAAACCCUUCAUUGUCUCAGGCGCUUCUGUCUCCGUCCCCAGUGCUCACGUCUCCUGUCCUAGCCUAAUCGGCGAGCGAUGGUAUCAUGGCGCCAUUCAUCGGAGUUAUGCGGAAUAUCUCCUAAAUAGCGGCAUAACUGGCAGCUUUCUCGUGCGAGAAUCCGAGAGUAGUUUUGGUAAACUCACUCUCAGUCUCCGCUCCGAUGGACGCAUCUUCCACUACCGUAUCUCCACUGACGAGAAUAAUCAAUUCUAUGUCAAUGAGGCAAGCCGUUUCGCCACCGUUUCGGAGUUGGUGCAGCACCACGAGAAGGUGGCAGAUGGUCUGGCCUGCCCCUUACUCUACGGCGUCUCUAAGCGCGAUCGAAGUAACCACGGUGGCUUUGACUCCGACUACGACGCCUGGGAGAUCGACCGUACCGAUGUCAUUAUGAAGCACAAAUUGGGCUCGGGCCAGUACGGUGUCGUCUACGAGGCCAUCUUCAAACCUUAUGACGUUACUGUGGCUGUGAAAACGCUUAAGGUACGAUGUUUUUGUGUUUGCCCUGUUACAGUAGUGUUUUAA